AUGCUGCGAGGUCUGGUGCGAUUCCUAGCGCUUCCUCCGACAACUGUGCGCUGCAAAUCCACCGCCAACCUGGACUACUCCCGCUUUCCCACUCUCCAGGAGUCCGAGAUCGAGGAGACAUUCAUGCGCGGCAGUGGUCCCGGUGGCCAGGCGGUGAACAAGACCUCGAACUGCGUGUUCCUCCGCCACCUGCCCACCAACAUCACCAUCAAGUGUCACACCCAUCGAUUGGCUUCGAAAAACCGAGUGGAGGCCAGGAAACUCCUGCUCGAGAAACUGGAUGUCCAUCUGAAUGGGGAGCAUUCGAUUGUGGCGCAAAUCAAGGCCCAGGAGCAGAGAAAGUCCACAGAGCGGCGGCGGCGUCAGGGAAAACUGCAGGAAAUGAAGAAAAGCUGGCAGGAGAGAGAACGCACAGAUGGGGGAAGCGAAUCCACAGAUAAAUAGUCAAAUAUGAUCAGUUUUAUACAAACAUACAAUCUCUUAAA